AUGGCUGCACUCAAGGCUCGUGUCGCUGCAGCGAUCGGAACAAGCAAAGCGAAAGGUGGACUGAAUGUUGGCCUCCACCCAGCCUUGGAGGAUCUUGGAUCAUGGAAGCCUGCCAAUAAAUCGAAAGACUCAACACCUUCAUCCUCGAGCGCGCGAUCAGAUAAAGCGCGAGGUCAAGAUGGCUUCAAGGCCGGCUCUCUGAGCAAAGAAGGCGGCGAGAAUCCGUAUUACGACCCUGGCCUUGCGUCGCAAUCAGGUGGUGGAAAGGCACGCCAGUCUCGAUCACUUGUCUUUAACCAGAAAGGCAAAUAUAUUGCGCAAGCCAAUGCUCUGCGUCGGCAGGCUGCCCUCGAGGCAAUGAAGAAGCGAAUCGCAGAGCAAACCCGAAAGGCCGGUAUCGACGAAGACCUUGACGUGGAGCGCAAUUUCGUGACGGAGGCUCCUUCUGGAGCUGAAUGGUGGGAUGAAGGCCUUGUUGCUGGCACGAAUUACGACCUAGUGGACGAUCCUUCUCAGCUCAAACUCAGCACGCCUGAUAGCAUCAUUACCGAAUAUAUCCAGCAUCCAGUCGCCCUCGAGCCGCCACAAGAUCGUCAUGUUCCUGCCGCAAAGCCCAUGUUCUUGACAUCUAGAGAACAGGCCAAGCUCCGCCGGCAGCGCCGAAUGGCAGAGUUGAAGGAAAUGCAAGCCAAGAUCCGCCUGGGAUUAGUGCCCGCACCUCCACCCAAGGUGAAGAAGGGCAACCUGAUGCGAGUUCUCGGUGAUGUUGCUGUCAAAGAUCCAACGGCCGUCGAAGCACGAGUAAACCGCGAAAUUGCAGAGCGCCACCAAAAGCAUGUCGAAACCAACGAAGAGAGGAAACUCACCAAGGAACAAAAGCAUGACAAGUUGGCUACAAACCAGCAGAAGGACGCUGACAAAGGAAUCCAUAUUUUGGUCUUCAAGAUUGGAAGUCUUGCCAAUGGACAGCACCGAUACAAGAUUGGCGUCAACGCCGAGCAACUGGCGCUCACCGGAACAUGCAUCAUGCACCCGAAAUUCAAUCUGGUCAUUGUUGAGGGAGGCGAAUGGAGCAUCAAAAAGUACAAGAAGCUCAUGCUCAACCGUAUCGACUGGACUGAGAACGCGCCAUCAAGAGAAAAAGAUGGAAAGCAGGGGACUGUACGCGACUGGCUCCUUGCUGAGAAGGAUAACGGGGAGCUCAAAGAUAUGUCAAUGAACGAAUGCAAACUGGUAUUCGAGGGUGAGCAAAAGGCACGGGCUUUUAGAAAGUGGGGGAGUAAAGUGUGCGAGACAGACGCAGAGGCGAGGGAGGCUCUCUCUCGUACCAAGAUGGACAACUUCUGGUCUCUCGCCAAGGGGUUUGCUUAG